AUGUAUUAUUUCCUGUAUACGAAACAAACGACCAUCCCCGGGAAAAUACGCUAUUAUCUCUGCCCCACGUCCGCCCGGGAGCCGGAUACUCUAUGUCCGGCUUCUAAUAUAAGCGGACAUAAACCGGAGCCGGGCUAUCGCAUGAGUUUGAGGCUUUUUCAUGGGACAAUUUAUCUCGUGACAAAUGCAAUCGAGAGCGCAGUGCAGUCAUCAGUCACGCCUCCAUGUCUCCGAGCGACUGAUCACAAACUUGGACCCGUGAUGGAUGACUUCGAUGGAUCGAUGGAUCCUCGAGAUACGACCGCCAAUGCGGAAGUGCAUCUCUCUUUUCAUACAUCGGCCGGAAUAGUGGAGUCUCACCUUAAGACCUUUAAGCGUGAACUUAUAGUUAACCCAUAG